CUGUGGGAUAGUUAAAUAGAAGACGAUAGAAACGCGGAUUUUCUCCUUAUCUUUAUUUUAUCCAAACCCUUUUUAACUCACCUCCUUCGUUACCAAAGAAACAAUCGAUUCCUAUAGCGAAAUGCCCACUAAUUUCAACUCUUAAAAGAGGGAAAUUGUUAAGGAAAUCUUCGCAACACCAUGUCAAUUAUGUACAGUUGUUCGGUUCCUUCAUUCUCCUCGAUCUCCGUUUCCAAUUUUACUUAUCGUCGUCCAAAUCGUAUCAUCUGCUCCGCCGGAGCGCCUGUUGCAGAACGAAAAGCUGUGAAUACAACUGAACCACUUUUACUUAAUGCUGUUCGUGGUGAAGACGUAGAAAGACCCCCAGUUUGGCUUAUGAGACAAGCAGGGAGGUACAUGAAGAGUUAUCAAACCUUAUGUGAGAAGCAUCCUUCCUUCCGUGAAAGAUCAGAGAAUGUAGAUCUUGUUGUGGAGAUUUCUCUACAGCCAUGGAAGGUCUUCAAGCCUGAUGGAGUUAUUUUGUUUUCAGACAUUCUUACACCUCUACCAGGAAUGAACAUACCCUUUGACAUCGUUAAAGGAAAGGGUCCCAUCAUAUUCGAUCCAAUCAGCACAGCCGCUCAGGUUGACCAAGUCAGAGAAUUCAGCCCCGAAGAGUGGGUCCCAUAUGUUGGGGAGGCCUUAACAAUUUUAAGAAAAGAGGUAAAUAACGAAGCAGCAGUUCUUGGUUUUGUUGGAGCUCCUUUCACCCUCGCAUCAUAUGUGGUUGAAGGCGGAUCAUCGAAAAACUUUUCCAAAAUAAAGACUCUCGCUUUCUCACAGCCUAAGGUACUUCACGCGUUGCUUGAGAAAUUCACAACAUCAAUGGCUAAAUACAUUAAGUACCAAGCAGACAACGGGGCCCAAGCGGUUCAAAUAUUCGACUCAUGGGCAACCGAACUGAGUCCAACUGAUUUUGAAGAGUUCAGUCUACCAUAUUUGAAGGCGAUUGUGGACUCGGUGAAAGAAACCCAUCCGGAUCUUCCUUUGAUACUGUAUGCAAGUGGGUCGGGUGGGUUGUUGGAGAGGCUUGCGUUGACAGGUGUUGAUGUGGUGAGUCUUGAUUGGACGGUGGACAUGGCUGAAGGGAGGAAGCGGUUGGGGAGUGAGAUAGCGGUUCAGGGGAAUGUGGACCCGGGGGUUUUGUUUGGGUCGAAAGAGUUUAUUAGUAAACGGAUAAUUGAUACGGUGAAGAAAGCUGGGAAUAAGAAGCAUAUUUUGAACCUUGGGCAUGGGAUUAAGGUGGGGACACCCGAGGAGAAUGUUGCUCAUUUUUUUGAGGUUGCUAAAGGGCUUAGCUAUUGAAAAUAGAGGGUUUUGUAUUUUAGAUUUAGACGACUCGAAUUUCAUUGUCUAUUUUUCCAUUGCUUCCCUCUAUUUCAGACUACUUUUGUGUUUA